ACCAUCACAAUAAAAGAAAACACAGAGUUGACAUUUGACACAUUAUUUUUUCAGCCAAAUUGGUAUAAUUUAUACAAAUUCUAUAAUUUUCAUGUAAAAAAAUAAGCAUUUAAGUGCAAAAGAGUAAAAAAAUAAAUCGAGAAAAACAUGGGUCGCAGAUCUAUAAAUACCACUAAAAGUGGUAAAUACAUGAAUCCCACAGAUCAAGCGAGAAAGGAAGCUCGCAAAAAAGAAUUGAAAAAGAACAAAAAGCAGCGUCAAAUGGUGAGAGCGGCAGUGCUUAAAAAUAAAGAUCCCAGCCAGAUAUUGGAGGAAAUGGAAAAAAUCGAUGAAAUGGAAUACAAUGUUUUGCAACCGUCACCUUUAAAUGAAAAGGUUUUAAGAGAUAAACGCAAGAAAUUAAAGGAAACCUUUGAUCGUGUUAUGAGACUUUAUCAUAAUGAUGAUCCCGAACACUGGUCCGAGCUGAAACGCAAAGAGGUUGAAUAUGAAAAGAAACGUCUGAAAAAGCAACAAUAUUAUGAAAGUGUUAAACAUGCUCAAAGUGUACAGAUUGAUGAAAUUCCUUUGCCUUCAAGUACCCAAACACCAGCUACAACAACUGCUUCUUCUGCGAGCUCAUUUCCACCCAAACGCUUACCACCUCCACCCACAGCUCUAUCUUUACCUCCCUUUGCUCCGGGAGCACCUCCAGGUGCUCUUAAAAAGACCAAUGACAAUUAUUCAAAACUUUCGGAAAAAACGGAUGAUAGCAAAAAGAAAGAAAUCUUGGGAGUACCAGUAGGUCCACCACCAGAUCUUAUAGAUUUUCCAGAUCUUGAUACCGAUGCCGAAGACGAUGAGGUGGUACUUAAAAAAUAUGUACCCAAAUCAAAACAAUCUAAAGUGGUGCCCAAACCCAAUUCCCUACAGCAACGUAUGUUGGCCAUAUCGGGACAAAAUAUUGAUGAUUUUAUGAAAGAAAUGGAAAAUGUACAUAAAAAGAAAGUGGCCGCUGGUAGAUUGGGAGACAAUGCCGCCAAUACAGCUGAAGACAGUGAAAAUAAAGCAAAAACUUCAGAUGCAGAGGAUGAUGAUAAUGAUGAAGAGGACAAAACUGAUGAUUCUAAUAGUUCAGAUAAUACAGAUGAUGAACACGAUAGUGAUACAUCUAGGAGAAAGAGGAAAGAUUCGGCUACAAAUAAAAUAGCGGCCAUGCCGAUGCAGCCAGCACCCUUAACAGCGGCACCUAUGCCCAUGCCUAUGAAUUUACCCAGUAUGCCGGCUCAACCACAUAUGCAUGUUGGAGGGCCACCAGUGCCACCCAUGGGAGGUUUGGCACCACCACCCAUGAUGUUUCGUCCACCUCCCCGACCACCAGGCAUGCAUGCCUUUGGUAUACGCAUGCCACCAGGACCACCACCUGGUCCCAGACCUGGAAUGCCACGCAUGGGUAUUCGUAUACCAGGACCACCACCCGGUAUGCCUCCUCGAAUGGCUCACCACAAAAAUCAACAGCUACAGAACAAGGAUAGUAAGGGUGUAACAACAAUUACCGCCAAACCACAAAUAAGAAAUCUAAGCGCUGAUGUUACACGCUUUGUACCCUCCACCUUAAGAGUUAAACGUGAUGAUGCGCGCAAACCUAAUCGUUCAAAACCUUACGCUCAAGAAACUCCCACUCAUACCAAAGAGUCGAAUCAUGCCGCCUCAAAAGACGAUGCUUACACACAAUUCAUGAACGAAAUGCAAGGUUUACUGUAGUUUGUAAAACACACCUCCCCCCCCCCCCCCCCCCCCC